CUCAGGGUCAGAGGAUGUCAGGUCGCUCUCAGCAGCUCAGAUGAUGCUCGUGUGUUUGCUGUGCUGGCGGUGAGGAUGGACUCUCACACACUGCAGUGAAGGCUUCACACACUCUAUGGAGGAGCUCUGACAGAGAGGUUUCCCGUCUGAAGCUGUUAGGUCAGUCGUACAGGAGCUGCAGCAUGGCGGACGCAGCUGAGAGCGUGAAUAAAGACAUGAAGGUGUUUGCGGUGGACAGCCAGGCGUUCCCGCCUCAGGUGUCUGUCAGGAGCGCCGGCCCGCGGCUCUCUGUCAUCUACCUGCUGCUGGCCGUGGCUCUGCUGGGCGUCUUCAUCGAGGCUGGAUUCAUCUGGCAUCUCUACAGCAGGCCUGCGACAACAUCCGAUAUCCAGAAAGUGGAAUAUAUAAAAGGAGAGAAGUACCCGUUUCCCAGAAGUUCACAAGAUUUUAAUGAAGCUUUGCCUGCGAAACUUCCCAAAGCUGAGAGCAAACCGGCAGCAUUUCUGCAAAUCGCUUCGCCCGCGUCUGGCGGGAACGGCGUCCUGCACUGGAGAGCCGACAGCUUCCCGGGGUUCAUGAGGGGUCUGGAGUACAAGAACAACAGCCUGUACAUCCAGCAGGACGGGCACUAUUACAUCUUCUGCAAGAUCGCUCACCUGGAGAACUGCAACUUCUGCAAGCAUCAGGUCAUGCAGUGCACGGAGAGGUACAGCUCACAGGCCAUCGAGCUGAUGCAGAGCUCCAGGUUUAUCUGCGCGCCCAAUAAAUCCCAGUGGAGGGGCAACAGCUACCUGGGAGGCAUCUUCCAGCUUUUUAAAGGAGACAGUGUGUUCGUGAAGGUCAAUAACAGCUCGCAGGUGCAUGGUGAAGCCUACGAGAACUUCUUUGGGGCCUUCAUGGUCUAAAUACUGACAUACUGAUGCAAGAAAAUCACACACACACACACACACGCACACUCACACUCACACACUCAGACACACA